GGGCCGCGCCGCUCCCGCCCCUCCCGCCUAGUCCUCGGCCGCUCGGAGCCCGGGUAGCAUGCCUCGAAAGUAAUAGAUCUUUCCUCAUAUUCUUACCAUGGAGGACUCGGGUAGGAAGAAUUUCAGCUCAGAGGAGGAAGAAAUUAGCUACUGGAAAGACUUAGCUAUACAGUAUAAGCAACGGGCGGAAAAUACACAAGAGGAACUGCAUGAAUUCCAAGAGGGAAGCCGAGAAUAUGAAGCUGAACUGGAGACCCAGUUGCAACAAAUUGAAACUAGGAAUCGGGAUCUUUUGUCAGAAAAUAACCGCCUCCGCGUGGAACUUGAAACAGUUAAGGAAAAGUUUGAAAUGCAGCAUUCUGAAGACUACCGACAGAUCUCUGCAUUAGAAGAUGACCUUGCACAGACUAAAGCAAUUAAAGAUCAUUUACAGAAAUAUAUCAGGGAGCUAGAACAAGCAAAUGAUGACUUGGAGAGAGCAAAACGAGCUACUAUCAUGUCCUUGGAAGACUUUGAGCAGCGGUUGAAUCAGGCCAUUGAAAGAAAUGCCUUUCUGGAAAGUGAACUUGAUGAGAAAGAGAAUCUCCUAGAAUCUGUUCAGCGAUUGAAAGAUGAAGCUAGAGAUCUGCGACAGGAAUUAGCAGUGCAGCAGAAGCAAGAGAAACCCAGGACUCCUAUACACAGUUCAUUGGAAGCAGAGAGGACAGAUACUGCUGUGCAGGCCACUAUGUCUGUGCCAUCCACACCUGUAGCACACCGAGGACCCAGUGCCAGUGUAAACACACCUGCAUCAUUCAAGAGAGGCUUGGAGGACAGUUACGGGGGCACUCCUCUCACACCGGCUGCCAGGAUAUCCGCACUGAACAUCGUGGGAGACUUGCUUCGGAAAGUCGGGGCACUGGAGUCCAAACUUGCAUCCUGUCGAAACUUUGUAUAUGAUCAGUCCCCAAACAGAACAAGUGUUGCAUCCUCAGGGAGAGGCAUGAAGACCAGAGAUGGCAGUGACAAACGGCCAAACAGCACCAGUGUGCCUUUGGGAGAGAAAGGGUUAGGAAAACGACUGGAAUUUGGAAAGCUUCCUUCAAGUAUUCCAUCACCAUCGCUGCCAUCACCACAGGGUGUUGUCAAGAUGCUGCUUUGAGAAUCGUGGGCAUUGAAGACCGUGGUGUUCUAGUUUUGUUACCAUUUUCUUUUGAAACUAAUCUUUUAAAAUUUGUUUGAAUAAAAGAACAAACAGGCAUAGUAGUUAACUCCAUGUGUUGUGGACCAAGUGUGUAAUUUGGAGAACUAGCCUGCAGGCAGCAGUUUUCUUACCAAAUUUAGUUUAGUGUUGCCACUGUCUUACAGUGAGAAGACUGAACAUUUUGUCACAUGCUUUAUUGUGGAAGUGGCUGUAACUCAAUUUUGACCAAAUACCUGGCCAACUCCGAUGUCAUAACUGGCGUCAUAGCCAGGGGGAUGUUUUAUUAGUCAUUGGUUCCUCAUAUAUGUGCCUGCCCAUCUUACCGGCCUGCCUCCAUCCUUCAGAGGGCCCUUAUUCAAUUAAAAUACACUAUUCAUAGUGACCCAUUUUGUCUGGUAUGGAAUUUCCAGUGCUGUGUAGACUUAUUAAGGGAUGGUUUCAUUUAAAUUAUUUCUAGGAAUACAAGGUAGUAUUCCUGUAGAAUACUUCUUUUAAAAAGGCAUAAAUGGUGCAGGGCUACCCUUGUUGCCUUGCCAGAACAUUUUAACCUCUUACUGAGUUAUUUAGGUGCUUUAUCCUAAGACUUUUAGUCCAGUUCCAAGCUAAUUUUGAUUUUGACCAAGGUCAGUAAAAGUUGGUUACUUUAUAAGUAAAUUGUAACCAUUGACUGUCUAAAUCUACUAGUAGGUGUUGGUUUCAUUUUUGAAUUUCAUGAGGCAAUUGAGGCAGGUUGCCCCCUGUAAGGUGAUCUGUAUAAAACAGGCUUCAUUCAAAGGCAAAUUCGAAUUAUGUGAGAUAUCUUUUAAAUGUGCCUACAAUGGAGCUUACUUGUUUUGGAAGAUUUCCUUUCCUUCAAGGAAAGACUGUGGCCUCAACAUUGCUUAAAACCUAGGGGAUCCAUCAGUUUGCAGCAUUCAACACUGCUUGUUGGUAACACCUGUUCUGUAUCUUCAGCCUGGAGAGGGGAACUGCACUAACUUCAGGGGCAUAUUCUCAUCUUGAAUCAAAAACCUUUGCUGACAACCUUCUGCUGAGUUAGUUUUUGGGGAGACAGCAAAAAUCUUUGAGUUGGGAAUAUAGCUUUAAUUGCUACUGAAAUUAUUAAGUGGAAAUAUUGCUACUAUUGAUGUUUAUUAAUCUAAGAAAUGUUCUUAACGUGUAUCAGAAAAAAUGCUUUAUUUUUCUAAAAAAAAAUUUUUUUUUGUCAAGAGAGAGUAAUGUUUCACUUUGUUUUAAACUAAGCAAUAAUUCCAAGAUAGUUAUUUAAUGUCAUUAUAAGUAGGUGCAUACCCUGUCUAAUGUCUCCAAGUUGGUUCUACAGAAGUGCAGUAUUGGGUACAGUGACUUUACGGGGGGGCAGUUAAGUUCCAUAAAAAAUGUUAUAAAUGGGCAGUCAGGCAAAUGAUGUUACAGUGGGGUUUAGUGACAUUAUGUCAGGGUUUGGUUAUAAUUUAUUAAGGAUUUAAUAUGGUGAAGUGAUACUGAUUAGGGCAGCAUUAUAUAAGGUAUGCUUUUAUUUGUAUUUUGUCAUGUGGUUUAAAGCCUUGUUUUUUUAACCAAGUAAAUGGAUAUGAAUUGAAAAUUAUCUUUGAAAAUAAAUUAUUUCCACACAGGUAGCCUUUUUAGAAAAUGCUGUUUCAGGUGAGGGCACCGAUAAACGUGUGCUAAUAUUGUCAUUUUACUGAGUACUUGUUACUUCUUAUAAUGGAAAUUAGCAGUCUUUAAUUUCCUUGAAUCUACCUUAUCUGGCUGAGUCAGUGUACAGAAUAAAGUUUGUUCUUAAUGAUA